CAGAAGGCAAUAAACACAACUCUGUAUUCAUUUCUUCAACAAACCCACUGCCAUCUGAUCUUCUGAAAUCCCUGAAGGAACAACACAACCAGCAGAGAAUCUUUAACAGCACUACAAUGAAUCAGCAGAUACGCAUAGUUUUGGUUGGAAAAACUGGUGUUGGCAAGAGUGCUACAGGAAAUACCAUUCUGGGUGAAAGGAUAUUUGUGUCAGAAGCAAGAGCUUCAUCAAUCACUAAACAGUGUGCAUGUGUAUCACGGAUGAUUAACAGAAGGCAUAUUUGGGUUGUGGACACUCCUGGUCUAUAUGACACACAACUUUCCAAUGAAGAAGUUUUAAAUGAGAUAACGAAUUGCACCAGACUUGCAGCUCCAGGUCCUCAUAUCUUUCUUCUUGUAAUUGCCAUUGGGCGCUUCACUGAAGAAGAGAGAAAUAUUGUUGAAGUGAUUCACACAGUCUUUGGCCGAGCAGUGCUCAACCACAUGAUGGUCUUGUUCACCAGGGCAGAUGAUCUUGAAGAAAGGACAUUUGAAGAUUACAUUAAGGAGACACCAGAGCUAAAACGAGUGAUAAAUGCAUGCAGAGGGAAUUUCCAUAUAUUCAACAAUAGAGAGAAGUCAAACCGUACACAGGUUGAUGAGCUCAUGGAGAAGAUUGUAGCCAUUGUAAGAAAGAAUCAUAACAGCUACUACAGCCACCCCAUUUUUACAAUGGCUAAUGAACUCAACAGUGUUGAGAGAAACAUUAUGAAAAAGGAGAAAAUGAUUGCUGAGCUAAAAAAGGAAAUAGAAAGCAAAACACUCAUCUUGCAGCAUACUAAGCACACAAAGUCAUUUUGCAACAUAUUAUAG